CAGUCCUUCUCCAACAUGCUUCUACUUCCAUCCCUCGCUAACACUAUACUCUACUCUCUCAGUAUAUGUAGACCACGAAGCAUACAAAAAGGAAAAAAAAAGUAUUUUUAAUUAAUAUUUUUCUCCUUUUUUAACCCCCGAGCCGCCCAGAAUAGCCACCCAAAUUGCAAUCUUUCUUUCUCUCUCUUCCCAGGCACUCUAUCUCUCACACCAAAAAUAUCUAUGAAAAAUAUAUUUGCAAUCCCAAACCAUAGAGCAUCGAGCGAGCGAGCGAAUCCCAUAAAAACAAGCACAGUAGCAUCAUCAUCAUCAUCAACAACAAAGGGAUGAACAUGAAGCAACCUCUUUCUUGGUGUUCUUGUUCUUGUUCUUCUCACUAUUCCAUCUCUCUCACUUUUCCCUUAAACACCCCCAAGAACCCUAGGACAGCACAGUAAAUCUAUCAGAACAGGUAAGAAACAGUAACAGUGGUAGCAGUAGCAUCAGCAUCAGCAUCACCAUCACCAUGUCCCUUGAAGAGUCGCUAAGAUCUCUAUCGCUGGAUUACCUGAACCUCCUCAUCAACGGGCAGGCCUUCAGCGACGUCACUUUCAGCGUGGAGGGACGUCUGGUUCACGCGCACCGCUGCAUGCUGGCCGCGCGGAGCCUCUUCUUCAGGAAAUUCUUCUGUGGGCCGGACCCACCCUCUGGCCUGGACCCCACCGGCCCAAGGAUCAACUCGCGCUCCGGAGUCAUACCCGUCAACUCCGUCGGCUACGAGGUCUUCCUCCUCAUGCUCCAGUUUCUCUACAGUGGCCAGGUCUCUAUCGUUCCCCAGAAGCACGAGGCCCGCCCCAAUUGCGGCGAGCGUGGCUGCUGGCACACGCAUUGCACCUCCGCCGUUGAUCUCGCCCUCGACACCCUCGCUGCCGCUAGAUACUUCGGCGUCGAACAGCUCGCAUUGCUCACUCAGAAACAAUUGGCGAGCAUGGUAGAGAAGGCUUCGAUCGAGGAUGUAAUGAAGGUGCUGUUGGCAUCUCGGAAGCAAGACAUGCAGCAGCUAUGGGCCACUUGUCCUCACCCGGUGCCAAAACCGUGUCCCCCUCCGGAGGUUCCCGCCAAGCACCUCCCCAUAGACAUCGUGGCAAAGAUCGAAGAGCUUCGGCUGAAAUCCUCCCUGGCGCGCCGCUCCUUAGUGCCGCACCACCACCACCACCACCAUCACGCCGCUCUCGACCUCGAGGACCAGAAAAUCCGCCGCAUGAGGCGGGCCCUCGACUCCUCCGACGUUGAACUGGUGAAGCUCAUGGUAAUGGGAGAAGGCCUCAACCUGGACGAAGCACUGGCCUUACCCUACGCGGUUGAGAAUUGCAGCAGGGAAGUGGUGAAGGCCUUGCUUGAACUCGGCGCAGCCGACGUGAACUACCCCUCCGGCCCCGCCGGGAAGACGCCGCUCCACAUUGCGGCGGAGAUGGUGUCGCCGGACAUGGUGGCGGUGCUUCUGGACCACCACGCGGACCCCAAUGUGAGAACCGUGGAUGGGGUCACACCUUUGGACAUCCUCAGAACCCUAACCUCGGAUUUCCUCUUCAAGGGGGCUGUCCCGGGUUUGUCCCACAUCGAGCCCAACAAGCUGAGGCUGUGCUUGGAGCUUGUUCAAUCCGCGGCUCUUGUGAUGUCGCGAGAAGAAGGCAAUGCCAACAACAACAACAAUGCUCCUUCUUCCGCGGCACCCAUCUACCCUCCACCUAUGAACGAGGACCACAACAGCAGUAGCAGCAGCGGCAACAACAACAACAUUGGUAACCUCAACUUGGAUUCAAGGUUGGUGUAUCUCAACCUCGGCGCCACCGCUCCAAUGAGUUCCAGGUUGGACAGUGGUGAGGACGAGAGAGAAGCCAUGAACACAACCAUGUACCACCACCACCACCAUCACCACUCUCAUGACUUCUAGUAACUUUUCAUAUACAUUACUGAUAUAUGAUUUAAAGCUAAGCUAAGGUAUUUGAAAUGCUGCCACGGACGAUGGAGAAUUGUGGAGGGAUGGAUGGAGCAUGAAAGAGUCUUCUUUGGUCACUUGAAAUAGACUGGUAUUCACUGCACUUGUGAUUUUUAUGUCUUGGAUGGCUCUAUGGUAUUUUGUUGGUUGGGUUUUCCUCUUUUUAGUUUUUGGGUUUAGGCUUUUCAAAUGGUCACCAUUUGAAGUGCGGUUUCAUGGGAUAAGGGACAGGGAGAAUCUAAUAGCUUCCAUUUUUUUUUUUCUUUUUUCUUUUUCUAUUUUUCCUGUGAAAUGAAACGAAAGGGUGCAUGGAGGAGACGCAGGUCAAUCUUUUCAAAUCCUCCUUCACCUGUCAACUCCUUAAUUUGUAUUUACUGAUCCGUAGCUAAUAUCACGGCCUAUUUAUUGUGAUCGCUUUACAAUUUCAGAUUA